AUGGCUCGAUCUUACGUACCGCCCCAUAUGCGGCGGCAACUGGAACAGCAGCUCCGAGUAGGUGCGGCAGCAACCGAGCGCCCACAGCCGUUUCAGGGAAACGGUGCUCCCGAGGGGCGUGCUGCCUCAUCUGGGGGCUUCUUUCGAAGUGGUUCUGGGGCGUCAAGAGGAGGCAGCUCUUUUGGAGGUGGCGUGAUGGGUGCUCGGGAACGCGGCACCGGGAGCGCUGCUCCGGGUGGCGGUCGGCGUUGGGGUGCGGCUCCGACAGGCCCUGGACACCAAUCAGGCGCGUCAUCGCGCUUGCAGCGCCUUGGAUUGUGGGAGGAAACAAACCCCUACUACAGCAGUGGGCUGGGGAAGCCUCAGGAACAGGAUCACGCUGCCGCUGAUGCGAACGGCGAGGUUCUAGAGCUUUUCAACGGCCAGAAUACUGGCAUCAACUUUGACAAGUACGACGAUAUUCCAGUAGAAGUUUCCGGUGAGAACGUCGUACCGGAGAUCAUGUCCUUUGAGACCAGCGGUAUGGAUAAGAUUCUCCUGCGGAAUGUCGCACUGUCAGGGUACCGCAAGCCCACACCUGUGCAGCGGCACGCGAUCCCGACGGUGAUGGCUGGUCGCGACCUCAUGUCAUGUGCCCAGACCGGAAGCGGGAAGACUGCAGCGUUUGUGCUGCCUGUUCUACAUCAGAUGCUGUUGAUGGGCGGCCCCGCGCCACCGCCAUCCUCGUCGGGCGUAGGCGGGAUUUCCUCGCGCUCCCGUUGCUCGUAUCCAACGUAUCUGAUUCUGGCUCCGACGCGGGAGCUUGCAUCGCAAAUCUUCUCUGAGUGCCGGAAGUUCUGUUACGGCACCAGUAUUCGCGCCGCCGUGAUCUACGGUGGCUCCGAAAAUACCCGUGAGCAACUGCGCGCCGUGGAGAAUCAAGUUGAUAUUGUGGUGGCAACACCCGGGCGCCUUUUGGAUUUUAUUGACCGGGGCCGCAUCCAUUUGGCAAACGUCCGGUUCCUGACCCUUGACGAGGCGGACCGUAUGCUCGAUAUGGGUUUCGAGCCUCAGAUCCGGCAGAUUGUGGAGAACUGCGACAUGCCGGCGGCUGGCCAACGCCAAACGCUCAUGUUCAGCGCAACCUUCCCACGGGAAAUCCAACGGCUUGCCUCCGACUUUCUGCACGACUAUAUUUUCCUUGCCGUGGGGCGAGUCGGUUCCACCACGGAUUUCAUUGUGCAACGUAUCGAGUUUUGCGAGGACCAUUUGAAACGAGAGAUGCUGCUAGAUCUCUUGAACAGCAUACCCGGCUUGACCUUGGUUUUUGUAGAUACAAAGCGAGCCGCCGAUGCUCUCGAGGACUUUUUACUGCGACACGGGUAUGCGGCGUCGUCGAUUCACGGAGACCGGAGCCAACGCGAGCGCGAAGACUCGCUCGCAGCUUUCCGUUCAGGACAGACGCCUAUUCUCGUUGCAACGGAUGUGGCUGCUCGUGGUUUGGAUAUCCCGAAUGUUGCGCACGUCGUCAACUACGAGUUGCCAGCAGCCAUUGAUGACUACGUGCAUCGGAUUGGCCGAACUGGUCGAGCUGGCAACCAGGGCAUCGCGACCUCUUUUGCGAACGAAAAGAAUCGGGGCAUUGUACGUGACCUCAUUGAACUCCUACAGGAGGCCGGCCAAGAGGUUCCCUCCUGGCUCUAUACGAUGUGUCAGGCACCAGUAGCCCGGAGCGGUAGCGGUCGAGCGGGGCGUGGCGGUCGUUUCGGCGGACGCGAUAUGCGUCGCGAAACGGGUGCUCCACGUCGACCUGCAUUCGCAGGGAAUGCAUCAUCGACCUCGACGAUGCGCGACGAGCCCUGGGGAGGUGGCAACUGGCGUGCCUCCGGCGGAAGCGCCUGGUAA